UUUCUUCAAUGCUCUCAUUCUCUCUCUAAGAAGCCAUUUUUUUUUUCUUUUGCCAAGAAAACCCAUCUAAGGAGGAGUCGGAAUUGGCUGGUGAUGAUAAAGAUCUGGUGUUAUGCGGAAGUAUUUGGGAAGCGAAGAGGCAAAUAGUAACAGUGGAAGAAUCAAAUGUUCUUAUCCACUGAGAACCCACCAAAUGACCCACUUUCUUCUUCUUCCAAUUUCUUACAUCUCACCACCACUUCUUCCGAUGAGUUAGGUCAAUCCCAUCCCCAAAAUUUCUCCAUCAGAGAUUACGCAUAUAGUAACCGGAAGAAGAACAUCAAGAACAGCUGGCCAUUUUCCUCAAAAAGUCUCCAACUUUUUGCAACUCAUGGAGUGACUGAUCCUUUGCCACCGUUUCAGAAACUUUCCACCUUAAGAAACCAGUUUGAGAGCACGGCUUGUUCAUCGUCAGCGAAGCAAAUCGUAUCCUAUGUCCAUCAAGGAAGAGACUUGGCAAAACUUGGGCUAAAUCAAACAAUAGCAGAGACUAGAAAAGGAGGAGUUUGUAGCCAAUCGAUGAUAAUCGAGAAUGGUUCGUUUACGAGCACAAGUGUUUCGAAGUCCAAGGUAGAUAUAGUAGUAGCUGCUACAAGUAAUAACAACAAGAACAACCACAGUAAAAAGUGUGGGCGAGGAAUGGUGAAAUCCAAAGAAGAUAGUUGCGGUGGCCUUGUUACAACUUCUGAAACAAGCAUGGCUUCAAAGACAUGUCCUAUUUGCAAAACCUUCUCUUCAGCUUCCAACACUACUUUGAAUGCUCACAUCGAUCAGUGUCUGUCUGUUGACUCAGCGCUGCCACCGGUUAUCAGUAAGCCAAACAAGCGUAGAGUUAAGCCACGGAUGAAAGUUAAAACGAUGGUUGAUAUCUACGCGGCUGCAAAAGGAUGCACAUUAGAAGAUCUUGAUAAAAGAAAUGGAACAAAGUGGGCGUCGAUUCUGAGUUAUACAAACCGUGUUGUUGCUGAUAAGUCUGAAGUGUCUAAGAAGCGGAAAGCUUCGCCUGUUGGCGUUGGUCCUGUUUAUAUUGAUGCUAAGGGACAGAAACUGCGGAUUUUAACAGAGUUCAGCGAGAAGAAGACUUCCACUACUCCAUUACGAGAGCAGCACGAGGAUUGUAGUAGUGAAAAGAAAAGUUUAAGCCAAGGUAGUAAAGAAAACAGUAAAAGCUCAAAGAAAAGACGUCGGGGAAAGAAACAUCACAAGUAUCUCAAACUAACCAAUCACAAAGCCAAUGCUUCAGAGCAGAUACCGGAGUAUCAAAGAGUGUUUUCUGGAGAAGGUAGCAGCACGGGUCAUCGUAGGAUCUAUAAUCAGCGGAUGUUAGCGAAACGUGGUCUGAUCUCAAAGAAGCUAAAUGAGAAAGGACAUAAAUUUUAUGCUUUGCGAGAUCAGCCAUCUGAGAAUGAUGAUGAUUCAAUGUCAGGAGGAGAUCCUCUUGUGCUGAGAAGUACUGAUUUGUCUGCCACUGAAGCUAUAAAUAAACAGAAGCUGCUUAGCGGAGUUGCUAGAGAGAUUAAGACUUUGUGUGGGAGUAAAAGAGCUCAAAGUCGUUCAUUUAGAGUUCGGAUGAGUGAAAAGGAGGAGAAAUCACUUGCAGGAGCUCAUUCAAACACUGUCCAAGUGAAGAAGAGCCUUGCUUCGAUUCAAGAAGAUAGGUAUUCACCUGGAAAGAAUUUCUGCUCAAAUGCCAGAGAGGUUUCAGAUGCGUCUCCUCGUCCAAGUAGCAUGAGAACACCAUUUGUUGGAAAUGCCUGGAGACGACUAUCUCUUCCUGUGGAGCAAAAGAAAGCUCAGUUAGACUUGUCGGAGGAAGAAGAUGAAGAAGAAGAAGCUGGGAAAUGGGAAUCUGAAAUGACACAAGAGCGUGAACUAUCAGAUGAUGAUUAUGCUUCUGGUGAUAAUGGAGAAAUAAAUGAACGAAGAUCAAAACCUUCAUCUAGUGGUUACGAUGAUUAUGAUGAUGAUGACGAAGAAAGUAGUGAAGAGGAGAAAGAUAAUAACAAAAGAGCCAAUGUGUUGAACAAAACCGCUGAUACAGGUGCUGAGUUCUACCAAUCAGACAGUCCACCAUUUAAUGAAAUGGUACCUAGCGAGAGAGCUAUGUAUUACUCUGAAGAAGUUGGAAAUAUGAUUUACGAGGAGGAUGUGAGGUUUGAUUCUGAGGUAAGACAAGGAAGCUUAUUUGUAGAGGUUGAUACUAUUCCCAUUCCAGGACCUCCGGGAUCAUUUUUACCAAGUCCACGGGAUAUGGGUUUUGAUGAAAACAUUGGAAACUCGUCGGUUAUCACGAGCCAGGUCCAAUCUUCCUUGGAUCAGCUUGACAGAAACUCAUCUGAAUCACCUGUUUCUGCUGUUUCAAACUUUGCACCUGGUAGACUGAGUUUCCCCAGAGAGUUAUCUUCCUCUUUCCAAGAAAAUAUCUCCCCGGACAUUCCUGCUUCCUACUCGACAACCCCGAUGAGCUUUUGUGUUCCAUCUCAUCAUGGGACAAUCGGCCAGGCUGAGCAGAUAACCGUUGACAAGUCUUGUUGUUGCCAAAGAAUAGAGAGAAACUCAGAGGGCAUUACUUUGAACCAUCAAGCAUCUCAUCUACUGCAGCGAAGAGCAGCUUCUUCGACAAUGGCCAUGAACUUAACGAAAUCUCCCAAACGUUUGGAUCCAAAUCAUCCAUUUGAGCAGUCAUCACCAUACAUGAUCCAGCAAGAUGUAAAUCUUCAGAGUAAAUUCUCCAGCAAACCGAGUUUCAAUGGCGCUGUGCCUCCAAGUCCUUCUAAUCCGGUUUUGCGGUUAAUGGGAAAAGACUUGAUGGUCAUGAACAAUGGAGAAGCAGACAACGAAGAAGCAUCUCGGGCUAGCUUAAAACCAACCCCACAGUUUCUUGAUCCUCCUCCUUGCCCUGGAACCGGCUUAUACUUCAACACAGGUCUCUAUUUAAGAAACAGUUUCGAGUCAACACAGCAUCAACCACAGAUACCAAAAGCACAAGCACAAGCACAAGCACAAACACAAGCUUCAGCAUUCAGAAUCAAUUUUGAUCAUGUAAGGUACUUUUCUCCGAGCUAGCCGUCGUGAACUUUCAAGUUUCAACCUUUAUAUAGCUUAAGAAGAAACCGAGAAGUGGGUUCCCUUUGAAAGCCGAUCAUCGAACAUUGGGUAGAUUUCGAAUGUUGUACGCCAUUUUGUAUGCUUUUUCUCUCUUUCUGCAGAGACUUGUGUGUAGUUACGGUUUACAAAAAAAAGAAAGCAAACACUUGAAAAUAACAAACACUCUGUAGAAGAAGAUAAGUAGGGACUUAAAAGGCUUUCACUGCCACCAAAGUUGUCUAAAAG